AAGGCACAGAAGCUGGAUUUGUCCAAGGGCAAUCUGAUAAUUUGCCAAAAAUUGAUGUUGUAUCAAUGUUUGCAUUUUUGGGAAACAACCCAAAUUUCAUGGGUGCUGAGUUAAAAGGAGUGAAAGCUGUGAGAUAUGUAUAAUAGAUAUGCUCGUGAAAAUUAUGGAGACAAUGCUGUUGGCUGGGUGCAAGUGAAACGAGAUGGUGAUGUUUGCAUUGUAAAGGCUAGAGUUACUCCAGAGCAGUGUUCGGAAUGCUAUUGGAAAAACUCUGCACUUUCUAAUAUUGACACAAAUUUGAAACUAGUGAAAGUUGAAGAUUUGGGUGAAACGAAUCCAUUGAAAACUACAAACGAUACCAAUUUUUUACAGUCAUUUGUGAACCAUAGUUUAGAUUUGGGAAUCACAGAUACUGUGCUGAUGAAAUAUUUCAAGGAAGAGAGCGACUUUGAAAGAUUGUCCCUACACAGAUUGUUAGAAGAAUAUUUGGUGGAAUUGGAGGACAUAACAGCAGAUGGUUUUUCUACAUUUUGUACAGGAAAAAUGACUGAAGAUAUUUGCAGAUGUUGCCAAGGCAACUGUAGAUCAAAUGGCGAAUGCUUUAUGGCAUGA